AUGUUCAGAAGACGACAGCCAGGUUUGAAUCAAAUUGAGGGUAUUUGGUCGCGUCUCUCCCUCAGUCGUCUUCUUGUAACUACAGGAGGAGAUUCUCAGGUUUUGUUUGACAUCAGAUGCUUCCAGUUGGACAGAAUAUAUCAGUUUCUCCUGAAAGGACAGAAUCUGGAAGCUGUGAGGAAACUUUCCAGCCUCAGUGUGGAAAAGCCAGAGUUUGGACUUCGGGAUCUUGAACCUCGCUGGAUUCUUGGACCCGGUGGUUGUCAAAGUCCACAGCUGAUAUUUCCCGACCUGCUGGAGAAUGGACUCAGUGACAGCGACUUAGAAUCCCGUAUAGGGAGGAGGUUCAUUGACACCAGAAACACAGACAGGAAGUCAACAUUUAACAUCUUCAGUCAGGAUCAGAGCUCUACAUAUAGUGGUGCUGAUGGACGAGCCGUCACUGUUUCUGGCACAGCGGGCUGUCCUGCCAAGACUGUGGAAGGGAAACACAACCAACAAUGUCAGUGUGAGGUCCUAGUGAAGCUGCAGAGCUCAGAGGUUCUCAGGGUUCUAUCUGCUCAGGAGCAUCAAAGAGGCCUGAACCACAUGUUUACGAACAUUGAAGAGAACAUGGUGACAUUUCUUAAAGAUGAGCUGAUGAUGAUCCAGAAGUUUCUCCUGACAAAUGAUGCAGAAUACUUGGAGAGUCAGAGUGAGGAUGAGGAGCAGAGGAGCAUCCGACUGGUUUUCCUGGACCUCGCAGUGGCCUUCAUGAGGAGGAUGAAUUAUGAGGAGCUGGCUGACUGUCUGCAGAGCAGAACUCAUGCUGAAGUUUGUCUUCGUAAAUUCAAAUCUAAGGUGAAACAGAAGUUUGAGUGUGUGUUUGAGGGGAUCGCUAAACCAGGAAAGACAACUCUUCUGAAGGAGAUCUACACAGAGCUCUACAUCACAGAGGGUGGGGCUUCAGAGGUCAACCAGGAACAUGAGGUCAGACAGAUUGAAGCAGCAUCCAGGAAAACAGACACACCACAAAGAACCAUCACAUGUGAAGACAUCUUUAAAGCCUCAGCUGACACUCAGCCACCAAUCAGAACAGUGCUGACAAAGGGCGUGGCUGGCAUCGGGAAAACAGUCUUAAUACAGAACUGGACUCUGGACUGGGCUGAAGGACGAACCAACCACGACUUCCACUUCAUAUUUCCAUUCACUUUCAGAGAGCUGAAUGUGCUGAAAGAGAAGACGUUCAGCUUGGUGGAACUUGUUCUUCACUUCUUUCCUGAAACCAAAGAAGCAGGAAUCUGCAGCUUCCAGCACUUCCAGGUCUUGAUCAUCUUGGAUGGUCUGGAUGAGUGUCGCCUCCCUCUGGACUUCCACAGCAAUGACAUCCUGACUGAGUCAGAGUCGAACUCAGUGGAUGUUCUGCUGACAAACCUCAUCAGGAGGAACCUGUUUCCCUCUGCUUGCCUCUGGAUCACCACACAACCUGCAGCAGCCAAUCAGAUCCCACCUGAGUGUGUGGACAUGGUGACAGAGGUUAGAGGCUUCACAGACCCUCAGAAGGAGGAGUACUUCAGGAAGAGAUUCAGAGAUGAGGAGCAGUCCAGAAGAAUCAUCUCCCACGUGAAGACAUCACGAAGCCUCCACAUCAUGUGUCACAUCCCAGUCUUCUGCUGGAUCACUGCUACAGUUGUGGAGGAUGUGUUGGACACCAGAGACACACCAGAGCUCCCAGAGACCCUGACGGAGAUGUACAUCUACUUCCUGGUGGUUCAGUCCAGAGUGAAGAAGGUAAAGUAUGAUGGAAGAGCUGAGACAGAUCCACUGUGGAAUCCAGAAAACAGGAAGAUGAUUGUUUCUCUGGGAAAACUAGCUUUUGAGCAGCUGCAGAAAGGGAACCUGAUCUUCUAUGAAGAAGACCUGACAGAGUGUGGCAUCGAUAUCAGAGCAGCCUCAGUGAACUCAGGAGUCUUUACACAGAUCUUUAAAGAGGAGAGAGUACUCUACCAGGACAAGGUCUUCUGCUUCAUCCAUCUGAGUCUUCAGGAGUUUCUGGCUGCUCUUUAUGUCCAUCUGACCUUCAUCCAGACUGGAGUCAAUCUGAUGUCCAAAGAACAAACAACAUCCUUGUGGACUAAAUUGUUUAAACCUAAACUAACACAUCUCCAUUAG